GUGACUGUGUGUGUUUGUGAGUGACAGCUGGCCUGAGCAGGAAGUCUCCACCCAGAAGCUGCAGCCAGGCGGACAGCCUCACAGCCUCCACCCGGCCGCUACCAGGAGCUGCAGGAAUGACCGACAAUAUCCCCCUACAACCCGUCAGGCGGCCGAAAAGGCAAGACAGUAAACACAGGAAUGGGUGCUGCCCGUGGUCGCGAUGCUGCGGCAUGGGGGACUUCCGUCCUCGCACCGUGUGGCUCGGCCACCCAGAAAAGAGGGAGCAGAGGUACCCGAGGAAUGUCAUUAACAACCAGAAGUACAACUUCUUCACCUUCCUGCCUGCGGUGCUGUACAAUCAGUUCAAGUACUUCUUCAACUUGUACUUUUUGCUUUUGGCGUGCUCUCAAUUUAUCAAGGAGCUACGCUUGGGUGCGCUCUACACCUACUGGGUCCCUCUGGGUCUCGUUUUGGCUAUUACCAUCAUGAGAGAGGCAGUUGAAGAAAUAAGAUGCUACGUUCGAGACAAAGAAAUGAACUCUCAGAUUUACAGCAAGCUUUCAACGAGAGGCACAGUGAAGGUCAAAAGCAGCGGCAUUCAAGUCGGAGAUCUUAUAAUCGUGGAGAAGAACCAGCGUGUUCCUGCUGACAUGAUCUUUUUAAGGACCUCUGAAAGAAAUGGCUCCUGUUUCCUGCGGACUGACCAGCUGGAUGGUGAGACGGACUGGAAACUACGCCUCCCAGUGGCCUGCACACAACGACUGCCAACUGCUGCUGACCUUCUACAAAUCAGAUCAUAUGUAUACGCAGAAGAACCAAACAUUGAUAUCCAUAACUUCAUUGGAACCUUCACCAGGGAGGACGGAGAUCCCCCAGUCAACGAAAGUCUCAGCAUUGAGAACACCCUGUGGGCCAGCACCGUUGUCGCCUCUGGCACAGUGGUGGGAGUGGUGAUUUACACAGGCAAGGAGCUGCGCAGUGUCAUGAACACCUCCAACCCAAGGCACAAGGUGGGUUUAUUUGACUUGGAAGUGAACUGUUUGACUAAGAUCCUGUUUGGGGCCCUCGUGGUGGUGUCACUAGUCAUGGUGGCCCUCCAGCACUUCGCUGGCCGUUGGUACCUCCAGAUCGUUCGCUUCCUGCUGCUCUUCUCUAACAUUGUGCCGAUCAGUUUGCGUGUCAAUCUGGAUAUGGGAAAGAUGGUUUUCAGUUGGAUGAUUAAAAAAGACUCCAAGAUCCCCGGGACGAUGGUGAGGGCGAGCACCAUACCCGAACAGCUCGGACGCAUCUCCUACCUGCUGACUGACAAAACAGGAACUCUUACUCAAAAUGAAAUGGUGUUCAGGCGCCUCCAUCUUGGAACUGUGGCAUAUGGGAUGGACUCAAUGGACGAAGUACAGAGCCUUGUGUUCAGCGCCUACACGCAGCCCACCCAUGACCUUCAAGCCUCCAGGGUUCAGGCAGCCACCAAGGUCCGCAAGACCAUCAGCAGUAGAGUCCACGAGGCUGUGAAGGCCAUCGCCCUGGUGCACAACGUGACGCCCGUGUACGAGGCCAACGGCGUGACAGACCAGGCCGAGGCCGAGCAGCAUUACGAGGAUACAUGCAGAGUCUACCAGGCUUCCAGCCCAGAUGAGGUGUCGCUGGUGCAGUGGACUGAGAGCGUUGGUCUCACACUGGUGGGAAGAGACCAGUCCUCCAUGCAGCUGCGGACCCCUACUGGCCAAAUCCUGAACUUCACCAUCCUGCAGAUAUUCCCCUUCACCUACGAGAGCAAGAGGAUGGGCAUCAUCGUGCGAGAUGAGUCUACAGGAGAGAUCACGUUCUACAUGAAGGGUGCUGAUGUGGUGAUGGCGGGCAUCGUCCAGUACAACGACUGGCUGGAGGAGGAGUGCGGGAACAUGGCGAGGGAAGGCCUGAGGGUCCUUGUGGUCUCAAAGAAGUCCCUGACAGAGGAGCAAUAUCAAGAUUUUGAGGCGCGGUACGUCCAGGCCAAGCUCAGCGUCCACGACCGCUCUCUGAAGGUGGCAACAGUGAUUGAGAGCCUGGAGAUGGAGAUGGAGCUGCUGUGUCUGACAGGGGUGGAAGACCAGCUCCAGACUGACGUGAGGCCCACCCUGGAGAUCCUCCGCAACGCAGGCAUCAAGGUUUGGAUGCUGACAGGAGACAAGCUUGAGACGGCCACAUGCACUGCUAAGAACGCCCAUCUGAUCACCCGCAACCAGGACAUCCACACCUUCAGACCUGUGACAACGCGAGGGGAAGCCCACCUGGAGCUCAACGCUUUCAGGAGAAAACACGACUGUGCGCUGGUGAUAUCGGGGGACUCCCUUGAGGUUUGUCUGAAAUACUACGAGUAUGAGUUCAUGGAGCUUGCGUGUCAGUGUCCCGCUGUGGUUUGCUGCCGAUGUACCCCCACUCAGAAGGCUCAGAUAGUCCGACUGCUGCAGGAGCGCACAGGAAAACUCACCUGCGCUGUAGGGGAUGGAGGAAACGAUGUCAGCAUGAUCCAGGAAGCCGACUGUGGCGUGGGAGUGGAGGGAAAAGAAGGAAAGCAGGCCUCGCUGGCAGCCGACUUCUCUGUGACUCAGUUCAAACAUUUAGGCCGCCUGCUCAUGGUCCACGGUCGCAACAGCUACAAAAGGUCUGCCGCCCUCAGCCAGUUCGUCAUCCACAGGAGCCUGUGCAUCAGCACCAUGCAGGCGGUGUUCUCCUCUGUUUUCUACUUUGCUUCAGUCCCUCUCUACCAAGGAUUUCUGGUUAUUGGCUACUCCACUGUCUACACCAUGUUCCCCGUCUUCUCCCUGGUGUUGGACAAAGAUGUGAAGUCAGAGGUCGCCAUGUUAUACCCAGAAUUAUACAAAGAUCUCUUGAAGGGCCGACCACUGUCUUUCAAGACAUUUCUAAUAUGGGUCCUAAUCAGUAUCUAUCAAGGGAGCAUCAUCAUGUACGGGGCGAUGCUGCUCUUCGAGUCCGAGUUCGUCCACAUCGUCGCCAUUUCCUUCACCUCUCUCAUCCUGACCGAGCUGCUGAUGGUGGCCCUGACCAUUCAGACGUGGCACUGGCUCAUGAUAGUCGGCGAACUCCUGAGCUUGGCCUGCUACGUCGCCUCGCUCGUCUUCCUGCACGAGUUCAUAGACGUGUACUUCAUCACCACAGUGUCUUUCUUGUGGAAGGUGACCGUCAUCACGCUGGUGAGCUGCCUGCCCCUUUACAUCCUCAAGUACCUCCGCAGACGCUUCUCCCCGCCCAGCUACUCCAAGCUGACGUCAUAAGGACUGAGAAGGAGCCUCAUUUACGGUGGGAAAACAAACAGAAAGGCGUCCCUGUCUUCAUCCAGCAGAGCCUGCGCUUAGACCAGAGAAUCAAACACAGAUUCCUCCCCCUUUCAUUUGUCCUGAAAAGUUCCACUUGGAAAUGGGAAAGACGGGACAGUUUUGUCGGGGACAGUUUGUUUACUGUGUUAAAAAGCAGCGUUGCUUGCUACAUGUGUUUGAUGCAAAAACUGAUGAUUUCUCUAUGUGGAGAACACCUGCACUGAGUCCGAAUUAUGAACAUAAAAGUGUCCUAUUUAGCCUGUAUGUAUUAAAUUAAGGCACAGAAUCAGUUCAGUAAAUCAUGCAGAUCAAGAUUGUUUUAUAAUGUCAAAAAUCAUAUCACGGAAAGGUGGGCUGUCUCUCACUCAGCUCUGCAGAUGUGUCAUUUGGGCUGGAAACUAAUUUUCACUUCCAUCUGAAAUAGUCAAACCGUCUUUAUUGUUAGACACCGAGAUUGACGUAGCUUUCUCACUCAGGACUUGAUUCACACUCUCCUCAAACAGUGAUUUCUAAAAGGAGUUUGAGAAUUAUAUGGUGAAGAAAAAAAAAAGUUUACUGGCUAGACUUUGCAUAAAACACACGUCGGCAAGUUUGUGUAUUUGUUUAUGCGUCACCGCGAUGCUGCAGCCCGACACGGCGGAGGUGGUGUGGUUGUUUAUUUUAGCAUGACCCGUGGUUUCUGAUGUUAAAUCUGUCUUUGUCUCAUUGUGCGGACCCUGAGUUGUUAGUGUUUGUGGAGCGCGGUCAGAACGGCCACAAAGGAGCGUUGGUUAUUUGCGACCAAACCUUCCGCCGGGGCUCCCGGCAGGCUGCGCGUCCGCAGGGGGAAUGAGCAGCCUCUCAUGUGGUCGCCAGGCAGGCCAGCGACCGGCCACGCUUCAGCAUUGCAUGAUGACUCACUGUAACAGUGACCUAAAGCCAUAACUGAAAAUACCCUGGUGACCCAGCAGUCUAAUCCAAGGCCCCCCUCACUUAUCACUUCUACUAACCUCCGCAGUUAAGGCUGUGAAAGAAAAGAAAGGGAUCAAAUCACCUCUCCUCAGUCUAAUACAAUGUGAAUAUUGUCAAUAAGUACUGAUAUGAUACCACACUCCUCGUGUGUCAUUUCACUGGUGGUGUGAUGGUGGAGAUACUGUAAAUAAGCAGCAACUAACAGAAUAACUUUCAAAUUACUUAAAAAAAAUAAUAAUUAAAUUUAGUUGUAAAAUACAUUAAAAAAAACUGACACUUUUCUCAUGUGACUUGAUGAAUCUUUAUGCGUCAAACAGAGCGUCCAGGGUGCCAUAAGUUAUCUCAUAUGUUCCACUAAAUCUGUAACCCCCCCACUGAAUUCAGUAAGCUGUUUGCACAGAAUUUUGUUUUGUACACUGAUUAUUAUAUUUUUUACGUUAUUCUGUAAUAGAAUAACUAAAACACAAAUGAUGCUAAAAUGAUUUGGUUGCUUGUAAAUAACCAGGUUUUUUUAAUUUAUUAACAUGUUUUAUUUAAUAGUUUCGAUUGCACUCAAAUGAGCAGAACAUAAAGGGAGAAUUGUGUUGAUGUCAAUGUUGUGAUGAUGAUUAAUAAAUCUUGUGUUUUCUA